GACCGGAACCGACCCCGGGCCAGGGCCCGCGCGCGGAGGGGGGCGCUGAGUGACGGGCGCCCAAGCCGGGGGAGCGCAGCCGGCACCGGUGACCCGGUCGCGGCCUGAGACCUCAGCGGGAGGGCCGCGACGUGCGCCCGGACUUUGCCCGGGUCAGCGAGCGGCACCGGCGGCCCGAGGACGCGCGGCCCAACAGAGUCCAGACGCGCCUUCAGACUGGGGGGGCGGGGGCUGCCGAGGGGCGCCCUUUCCUCACCUUGGGAAACCAGCGCAGGUGAAAGUUGUUGCUGUUGAUGCAGAGCUGAAUGUGUUCUAUGAGGACAGUGUGCAUUUUGACAGAGACCUUCUAGAAUUUGGGACUCAAGGUGGGGUUCAUGUUCACGAGGAUGGGCUGACAGUGACAUCUCCAGUCCUGAUGUGGGUCCAGGCUUUGGAUACCAUCUUGGAGAGGAUGAAGGCGUUGGACUUCGACUUCUCUCAAGUCCUUGCCCUAUCUGGGGCAGGCCAGCAACAUGGAAGUGUCUUCUGGAAGACUGGGGCCAGCCAGGUGCUAACAAACCUAUCACCAGACCUCUUGUUACAUAAGCAGCUGCAGGCUUGUUUCUCCAUCAAGGACAGCCCUGUGUGGAUGGACUCCAGCACCAUAGCUCAGUGCCGCCAGCUGGAGGCCGCCGUGGGCGGGGCCCAGGCUCUCAGCAGCCUCACCGGCUCCCGUGCUUAUGAGCGCUUUACAGGAAACCAAAUUGCAAAGAUUUACCAGCAGAAUCCUGAGGCCUACUCACAUACAGAGAGAAUUUCUUUGGUCAGUAGUUUUGCUGCUUCCUUAUUCCUUGGGUCUUACUCCCCUAUCGACUACAGUGAUGGUUCUGGAAUGAAUUUGUUGCAGAUCCAGGACAAAGUCUGGUCGCAGGCUUGUCUUAGUGCCUGUGCGCCUCAUUUAGAGGAGAAGCUUGGCUCACCGGUACCAUCAUGCUCUGUUGUGGGGGCCAUUUCUUCCUACUAUGUCCAGCGCUAUGGAUUUCCUCCAGGAUGCAAAGUGGUGGCCUUCACUGGGGACAACCCUGCAUCGCUGGCAGGCAUGAGGCUGGAGGAAGGUGACAUUGCGGUCAGCCUGGGCACCAGCGACACCCUAUUUCUCUGGCUCCAGGAGCCCAUGCCUGCACUGGAAGGGCACAUCUUUUGCAAUCCGGUUGAUCCCCAGCACUACAUGGCGCUCUUGUGCUUUAAAAACGGCUCCCUCAUGAGAGAGAAGAUCCGUGAUGAGUCGGCUUCCUGUUCCUGGAGUGAUUUCUCUGAGGCACUGCGGUCCACGGAGAUGGGGAACGGUGGGAAUCUGGGUUUUUAUUUUGACAUAAUGGAGAUCACCCCUGAAAUUAUUGGGCGCCACCGAUUUAAUGCAGAAAACCUCAAGGUCUCAGCAUUCCCUGGGGAUGUGGAGAUCCGGGCACUGAUCGAAGGGCAGUUCAUGGCCAAGAGGAUUCAUGCCGAGGGCUUGGGCUACCGAGUCAUGCCCAAGACAAAGAUUUUGGCCACUGGCGGAGCAUCUCACAACAAAGACAUCUUACAGGUGCUUGCGGAUGUGUUUGGUGCCCCAGUGUAUGUCAUAGACACUGCCAACUCAGCCUGUGUGGGCUCCGCAUACCGAGCUUUCCAUGGCCUUGCUGCUGGAACAGACCUGCCCUUUUCAGAGGUUGUGAAGUUAGCCCCAAAUCCCCAAUUAGCUGCUACCCCAUCCUCAGGAGCUUCUCAGGUCUACGAGGCCCUUCUCCCGCAGUAUGCCAAGCUUGAGCAGAGAAUCCUGGCCCAGACCCGGGGGCCUCCAGAGUGAAUGCCUUGGGCCCAGGCACCCCUGUUAACCCUGCGUCAGACUCCACUGAUCCCAUUUGGAGACAUGCUCCUCCUGGACAGCAGGGAUCCUCUUCCUUGUCCUAGGGGAGUACCAGCCCACCUGACUCUGCAGUGCUCCAGCCCUGCCCAGGACCACCUGAAACCCACCUUAGCACACCUUCCUAAACUUAAAUGGACCCUUUUUCCCGGAACAGGAAAGCAUCUGUCUUUUCCUGUCUAACCUGGGAGGCAAGAGAAAACAGACUGGGAUAUGUCCAGUAAAAACUGUGACUGUUGGCCUUUUAAAGGCAGAAGUAAAGCUAAUAUAGGACCUCAAUCAGGAGAACAGGGAGACAGAGCUGUCCCCCAUACCCUGACCCCAGCAACCCCUUCCCCAACUUGGUCUUUUUGGCUACUCCUCCCCCAAAAUAACCUGCAGCCAUCUUCUCUUGCCCCAUACUGUAACUCCUGUGGUCCAUCCCUACCCCUGCAAAGCCUGACCCCCCCCCAUCCCCUAGCUGCUUCCUCCUUCCUCAUUUCAGGAGGGCUUCCUAGUGUCUUCCUUUCUUGUCUUCUCCAUGCUCACCCCACCUUCAAGUUUUUGCUCUUCUCACCCUCCAGCAUCUGCCCCUUCAUCCUCCCUAAUCUCUCCUCCCUCCCCAUGCCCACCUGCUGUAACUUCUUCCCACCCAAAAAGCUUGACCUGUUGAAUAGGCUUCCUGUCUCCUCCCAUCAGCUCUGCCCACAGGCCGCCUGACUCCCUGGCACACCAGACCACGUGCAGGGGCCCUCUCUCAGGUGAUACAGGGGAGCACCUCCCUCCCUCCAUCCCUUCCUUCAGAAGAAUUUCUCAAAUUCUGGAUUUUGUUGAUUCUAUUCAUGUUACUCUCUGUCUUCUGUAUUUCCUGUAAAUUGGUGGUUGGGACUAAUACAGAGCUCCUCAACCUCAAUACUAUUAGCAUUUGGGGCUGAAUAGGUUUUGGUUGUGAGGGGGCAGCAGUGUCACUGGCCUCGAUCCACCAGAUGCCAGUAGCACCCCUUCCCCAAGUCAUGACAAUUCAGAAUGUCUUCAGGCAUUGCCACACAUCUGGUGGGGAUGGGAAGACAGAAUUGCCCCUGGUUCAUAACCACUGACCUAGAAGUUUGAUCCAAUGCACAUGUGAUUAUUUCCCUUUUUAUUGUCAGACAACUUCAUAAGAUGGUGGUGUAUUCUUCUUUCAGAAGGCACCUAAUGUCUGGUUUUCUUAAUGGGUUGAUUCCCAAGCAUCCUCUAACAGCAAGUAGGUUUUUAUUUUCAGUGUCAAUAUGAUACAUUUAAUAUAGUCUAUGUAUUUUUAUCUAUUACAGUAAUUAUUUCUACCUUGCCUUCUUUUUGAUAGUCAUUCUUUACAGCUUCUCUCCUGCUUUCCUGAUAUUUCAUUCCUUCUAUCUUCUUUACUGAUAUGAGCACUCCUUGUGUACUCCUUAAUUAUUGCUUGGCCCCAAAUCUCUGUCCCAUCCCUCUUUCUCUCCCAUUUUGUCCCCUGAUAUUUCAUUCCUUCUUUCUUUUUUUUAAAGAUUUAAUUUAUUUAUUCAUGAGAGAGAGAGAGAGAGGCACAGACACAGGCAGAGGGAGAAGCAGGCUCCAUUCCAUGCAGGGAGCCUGACGUGGGACUCGAUCCUGGGUCUCCAAGACCACACCCUGGGCUGAAGGCAGCCCUAAACCGCUGAGCCACCGGGAUGCCCUCUUUUACUGAUAGGAACACUCUGUGUACUCCUUCUUAGUUAUUGCUCAGCCCCAAAUCUCUGUCCUUAUCCCUCUUUCUCCCCCAUUCUGUUCUCUCUUAUUGGAUGAUUUCAUCUCUUCUUGGGUUUCAACCACUAUAUAUAAGCCAGGAACACCCAGAUCUAUAUUUCCAUCCAGAACUCUCCUUAGAGUCUAUUAGAAUUCUCAGAGGGGUACUUCAGACUCCACUUAUCUUCCCUUGCCCUUCCCCAAACUUCCUCCUUUUGUGUUCCUGUUUCAAUGAACUGGUGCCCACUGUUCGUUCAUCCAUUCAUUGAAGAACCCAAACCCCAAAUGCAGUUGUCCUCCCCAUUUCUUAUGUCAGAUAAGUCACCAAGUGAGUUUGGUUAUUCCUUUGGUAACUCCUAAAGCAGUUCCUUUCUCUGUAUCCCUCCUGUUUUAUCUUAGAUCCUUUUAUUCAUUACUCAAAUUAUGACAGAAGCCUACAUAGAAAGUCCUGUGUGAUCUGCUUCCUGCAGAAUCCCCCAAAUUUUACCUCUGCUGCAGGCCCCUGCCUGUUUUGGGACUUCGAUUAAAUCAGUCUAUUUGUGGUUUCCACCCAGAGUGGAAAAAUGCUGCAAACUGGAUCUGAGACCUGGUUGAUCAGAGCAGUAUAGGGGGAAGUCAAAAGGAAGAAGUUUAGAAAGCGGGUGGGACCAGCAUCAUCACUUCUGAGAGAGAUGGAGUCAUCUUGAAAGGAAGUGGUGCCCCUAGCAAGCUUGGUGGUUCAAAGGAAAAAAGAAAGCUAAAGAUAACAGCCUGUCAAUAGCAAGUCAAAGAUUCAGAAGAUAGAUAACUUCCCCACCCCUACUACCUAGACAUUACUUAUUAAAUAAGUUUUACAACAUUGAUCAACAGAAAAAGGUUCUCUUGGAUCAAGAAACAGAAAGGACCAGUCAAUCCAUUUCCCAUUUUACCUUUGCCCCCAUAGAGUUGCCUGUUAUCAUAAGCAUGUCAAUAUAACUAGAAAAAGGAACUCACUUUGUAUACAAAUAGAUGAAGAAAACAAAGUCAGAAUGAUAACUUUUCAAGCUGAUGAAAUAGUCCAAAAUAAAGAGAACAAAACAGUAAACUGUAACAACCCUACAACAUAAACUCUAGAAUUUUGAAACUGAAUGUGAAUAUGAAAGAAUACCACAGUUCAGAAAAUGUAAAACUCCGAAUAAAAAUGAAAAAACGCAGGCAUAUGUGAAGAGAGAAAUGACCAAGCUUGGGAAAGAAUCUGAACAAAAAAUUAAAAUCAUCAGAUAUAAAGAUGAAACCACAGCAUAUUCAAGUAAAAGAGAUGACUACAAGUGCAGUAAAGCAUGUAGAAUAUGGGAAUGACAGGGCAGCCCAGGUGGCUCAGCGGUUUAGUGCAGCUUUCAGCCCAGGGCCUGAUCCUGGAGACCCGGGAACAAGUCCCACAUCAGGCUUCCUGCAUGGAGCCUGCUUCUCCCUCUGCCUGUGUCUCUGCACCUCUCUCUCUGUCUCUCAUGAAUAAAUAAAUAAAACCUGGGCAGCCCUGGUGGGCGCAGGGUGUGAUCCUGGAGCCCAGGGUGUGAUCCUGGAGACCCUGGAUUGAGUCCCACGUCAGGCUCUCUGCAUGGAGCCUGCUUCUCCCUCUGCCUGUGUCUCUGCCUCUCUCUUUCUCUCUGUGUCUCUAUGAAUAAAUAAAUAAAAUCUUUAAAAUAAAUAAAUAAAUAAAACCUUAAAAAAAAGAAUAUGGGAAUGACAAAAGCUAAGCAAAAAAUACACAAGAAGAGCUGGAAAGGUCCAAAACAAAAAUGAUAGGUAAAGAAGAAGUAACAUAGGUAAAAUUGGAGCUCCCAGAAGCUACCAAAAAAGACAGUGUAAUUGGUUAAUACUUAAAACUGCCCCAGGAGAAGUUUCUGAAAAAUUAAAAAGAAGACUUGACACUUGAAGGGCCCCUUUUGUUACAUAGAAAAUUGACCCAGAAUGGUCAACUGGACCUAUCCUAGCAAACUAUUAAAACUUUGAAGAUGAAGUAAAAAACCCUUUAGCCCUAUAGAGCUAGUCUCUUAGCAAAGGAAAGGUCAGACUGGCAUCAGACUUCACAUAAAGUAAGUAGGAGUGGAGCAACAUUUUCAAGAAGUUAAAAAAGAUGGGAACUAAGAAUAAGUGUUUUAUAUCCAGCUAAGCUGUCCUUUAAGUAUCAAGGAUAUAUAUGUUUAAAUCAUAAGAGCUCAGGAAAUAUUGUACUCAUAACCCCUUAGGAUCUUACUAAAAGGUAGGCUCCAACCAACUAGGAGAUGAUUGGGGAACUUCAGCAAAAGGACUAAUGGUGAGCACUGAGUAUCUUUAGUUUCAGAUCUAAGACCAAAAGGAAAGUGGAGAGAGCAGCCUGGGUGGCUCAGCAGUUUAGCGCCACCUUCAGCCUAGGCCCUGAUCCUGGAGACCCGGGAUCUAGUCCCACAUCAGGCUCCCUGCAUGGAGCCUGCUUUUCCCUCUGCCUGUGUCUCUGCCUCUCUCUCUCUCUCUCUCUCUCUCUCUCUCUCGAAUGAAUAAAAUCUUUUUAAAAAAUUAAAAAAAAUGAAAGUGGAGAUAGGGGUGGAAAAAUAGAAUCAAGUGGUAUAUGCUUUGAUAAGGUAAAAGUAACAAAUGAAAAAGAAGAGGACAGUACAAAAAAGUGAUGCAAAGGCAGUAUGUACAAGGCAAAGAGUAUCAUUUAAAGUUGACAAACCAAGUAGUUGGGGCUUAAAGAAAAGAGAGACUAAAAGAAUUAUAUAUAGGUAAUAGUACAAAGAUAAUCACUGGACUAAAGAUAGAAAUUUCCCUCGGUGCCCAAAGAAACAGUAGUAAAGGCAGUAAGUUGCAUAGUGAAAAACAUGCAGUGAAUGUAACAUCAUACACAGUAAAGAAGCAGAGUGAAAUUAAUAAAUUGAAAGAUUCGACUCAUCUGUUUUUAAAAGAUUUCAAAAAUGAGCAAAGUGGGGGAGAAAACAGAGGCAAACUAGGAAACAGACUCUUUGGAAAGUAGGCUCCACGUCCAGUGUGGAGUCCAAUGUAAGGCUUGAACUCACCACCUUGAGAUCAAGACCUGAUCUGAGAAUAAGAGUUACUUAACUGACUGAGCCACCCAGGUGCCCCAGGAAACACUCUUAACUAUAGAGAAUAAACUGGAGGUUACUAGAGGGGAGGUGGAAGGAGGAUGGGUGAAAAAAGGUGGUAGGGAUUCAGGAGUGUGCUUGUGUUGAGCACAGGGUGUUGUUUGGCAGUGUUGAAUCACUAUAUUGUACACCUGAAACUAAUAAUACACUGUAUGUUCACUAACUGGAAUUUAUGAACUUUUUAAAAAAGUUCAGGGCAGCCCUGGCGGCUCAGCGGUUUAGCGCUGCCUUUGUUCCGGGGCCUGAUCCUGGAGACCUGGGAUCGAGUUCCAUGUCGGGCUCCCUGCAUGGAGCCUGCUUCUCCCUCUGCCUGUGUCUCUGCCUCUCUCUGUGUGUCUCUCAUGAAUAAAUAAAUAAAAUCUUAUUAAAAAAAUCCUUUAAAAAGUAAAGUUCAAAUUGACUCACAAACCAGCAUUUUAUGUUAUUUAUAAGAGACAUAUCUAAAACAAUUGAUCCAUUAAGGCUAAAAAUUAGAUGGGCAAAAAUAUACCAGGCAAGUACAAAUCAUAAAAAGCAAGAUUACAGUACUGAUAUCUGAUAAAGGUAGAAUCCAGGAGAAAGACAAAGAAGGACACUAAUGCUAAAGUCACAAUGAAGGUAUACUAGUUAUAAAUGUUAGAACCUCUUUCAUUUGCCAACUUUAAAUGAUUUUCUUUGAUUUCAGCGAUAGAUUCCAACAGAAUAUAUAUCUUCUGAAUAUAUAUUGAAUUUUGUGUCUUAUAAUAAGGAAUAAUACUACAUAAUAGAGGAUGUACCUAUUCACAGAAAUUGGCCAUUUAUUAUAUCACAAAGAACAUCUAUAAUUUCUAUAAACUAGAGAUAAUACAAUCUUCUUAAAUCCCAAUGCAAUAAAAUGAGAAAUUAAUAAAAUACAUAUACAUAUUUUUAAGUCUUAUCUGGAGAAAGACUUUCUAUGAAUUACUCUUGGGGUGGGCACCUGGGUGGCUCAGUGGUUGAACGUCUGCCUUCAGCUCAGAUCAUGAUCCCAGGGUCCUGGGAUCCCACAUCAGGCCCCCCACAGGGAGCCUGCUUCUCCCUCUGCCUAUGUCUGCCUCUCUCUGUGUGUCUCUGUCA